GUUUUAGUAGCUUGCUUGAAACAACCCUGUUGUUAACAGGAAAACUGUUGACCUACUCGUUGUGUAGCCCACAUAACCCCUCCUUGGUAACACUUCCAAUAAAGCGGAGUUUUGGGCGACAACGAGUGAAACAAAGCUGUGGUUAGAUCAGUUUCGAAUUGGUCUUAGCAACGACAGGAUCUCCUUAGACUGUAGACUAAGUUAUUUUGUAACACCCAUUCCUUGCGUUCAAACUGGGGAGUGUACCGAGCUGCAGUGCUGUCUCCGAGCAAGAAGAGUCCGCCCUUUUUUCUCCACCUGAGGCAAAGAAUCACUUGAGGAGUCCGAGACAGGAAUCCCUAGGAGGAAUCCUCUCAUUCUCAUCGGAGUCCGUACCAUCACCAAGCGAUUCAACUGCCGAUACAAUGGACCCCUUAGCGGUGCAUGAUGAUUGCAACCAAAAGGGAUUGGAGCUCCUUAUCAAGAGCUUGAAGAAGAUCCAAGUGGAAUACCAAUCAGGGCAAGGAUGCACGCAUAUCUUCACCAUCUUUGGCGCCUCUGGCGAUUUGGCCAAGAAGAAGAUUUACCCGACCAUGUGGGCUUUGUACAGGGAUUCGUUGAUUCCCGAGAACACGCAAGUGUUUGGCUAUGCCCGUUCCGAUCUCAAAGUCGAGGACAUUCGCAAGAAGUGCGAGCCCUACAUUAAGUUGAAAUCCGGGGAGGAAGAAACCUUUGAGAAGUUCUGGGCGGCCAACCAAUACGUUCGUGGCACCUAUGACAAGCGCACCGACUUUGAGCAUUUGAACCACGCUUUGACUCGGGCCGAGGACAAUAAACGUGAAAACAACCGCAUUUUCUAUCUGGCCUUGCCCUCGUCCGUGUUCAUGGAGUCCACCAAGCACAUCCGAGAGACUUGCAUGGCCGAGAGGGGUUGGACUCGAGUGAUCAUUGAGAAACCUUUUGGCUACGACGCCGAUUCAUCCGAGAAACUCAGCAAACAUCUCAGUGGACUCUUUACUGAAGAGCAGUUGUACCGCAUCGAUCAUUACCUUGGGAAGGAGAUGGUCCAGAACCUCAUGACACUUCGCUUUGCCAACAACCUUUACACGAGAAGUUGGGACCGGGACUCGAUAGCCUCGGUGACCAUCACCUUCAAGGAACCUUUUGGAACUCAAGGGCGUGGAGGAUACUUCGACCAGUCUGGUAUUAUUCGGGACAUCUUGCAAAAUCACCUCCUCCAAAUCUUGUGCCUGGCCGCGAUGGAGAAACCUGCUAGCACCAGUCCGGAUGAUAUUCGCGAUGAGAAGGUCAAGGUUUUGAAGACCAUUCCCGCCAUCACCAUUGAAGACUGCGUUCUCGGACAAUAUGUCGGCGACCCAAAUGGAAAAGACGAGGAUUCCAAAUUGGGGUACAAGGACGACGACACCGUUCCCAAAGACUCCGUCACACCCACUUAUGCUGCGUUAGUACUGCGCAUUAACAACGAGCGAUGGGAAGGCGUGCCAUUCAUUAUGCGGGCGGGUAAGGCCCUCAAUGAGAGGAAAGCCGAGCUGCGCAUUCAAUACCGGGACGUACCUGGCAAUAUCUUCUCGAAAACACCGUCUCGAAACGAACUGGUUCUUCGAGUUCAGCCGAAUGAAGCCAUCUAUUGUAAGAUGAUGAACAAGAGCCCCGGUAUGAGCUUCACUAUGGAGGAGUCCGAACUCGACCUGACCUACAGGAAUCGCUACGCCGAUGCCAAACUGCCCGAGGCCUAUGAGCGCCUCAUCUUGGACGUGUUUGUCGGUUCUCAAAUGCAUUUUGUGCGCACGGACGAGCUUCGAGAGGCUUGGAGAAUCUUCACGCCGAUUUUGCACAAGAUUGAAGGUGAAAAGGUCCAGCCGAUUCCUUACAAAUAUGGAACCCGAGGACCAAAGGAAGCGGACGAGUUGGCGGCGAAGAACAACUUUGUGUAUACCGGUACCUACUCAUGGAACAGCGACCUCUAGAGGUGAAACGGACAAGUCGUCCCCAUAUUAAGUGACUGAAGAGAAGGCAGGGAAUCACUUGAAAAAGGGUUGUUAAAGUGUAUAUAAAGUGUAAUCUUACAUUAACAUUUGUUAUGAAAUUAUCAUUGGUCCAUCAUAUCUGUAUUUUGUCAUAUUAUCGAGAAAGUAAAACCAUUUCAGUCCAGACCAAAA